GGACGGUGUGGCCCACCACAGGGACAGGGUGGCCCACUAUGAAGACAGGGUGGUCUGUGGGCACAUGCCUGUGGCCUGAUGCCCCAUGUCCUGCCCUGCCGGGGGGCCUGUUCCAGUGGGACCCCGGGGCUCGGUGGGAGAGGGAUGCUGCUGCGCCGUAGGCAGUGCUGGGACAGCAUCCUGCCCGUGCCGCGGUGCCGCGCUCUGGGGGAGGUUUGCAGCCGCCUGCUCUGCCGCAGGCAGAGGAAGCGCCGACCGCAGCAGGGCUGGGUGCUGGGCCGGGUGCGGGAAUAGGUGCAGAGUUGGGUGCGGGGAUGGGUGCAGGGUUGGGUGUGGGGCUGGCAGGAGGGGCAGCUGUCCCCGAAGCGGCAGACAGGGUCCUGGGUACAUGGUGCCAGAGACUGUGAGGCAGAGCCGCCAUGGAGCUGGCUGGGUCCCGCCGAGCACCACUGCCCGCCUGGGCGGGCGCAGCAGCCAGUGCUGGUGGGAACCGGGAGCCCGGGAGUGCUGUGGGACCUUGUCUCCCACCCGUCCUGCCUGUGGGUGCCCUGGCAGGAGCUGUCCCACCCAGCCAAAGGGUCCCUGGGAGAGGGGCCACACCGAGGGUCCUUCGCCCAGCACCUGACGAGCCCCUUUGCUCCCCGGCAGUGACAGUGAAGGACGAGGUGGGCGAGGAGGGGGAGCACCCGGAGCUCCUGGUGCCGGUGAGGAUGGAGCCGGCCAAGCUCCCCCCCAGCAAGAGGAUGGCUCCUGCUCCCCCCGUCCCUGCCAAGGCCAAGCCAGCCCCUGUGCUGGUGAGCAAGCCCGGCGGACCCCAGCCCUGUGCCUUGGCCGACACGGAGCGGGGCAGAGCUGGUGACCCAGAUGCCGACGGCUUCAAUGCGGUGCCAGUCACCACGGCCAGGCUGAGCCACCCCACUGCCGCACGCCCCCGGGUGCCCGGCCAGCGGCCACCCAGCCUCACCCUGGGGAGCGUGGGGGGUCCCUGCGGGGGAGACCACCCCCAGGGGCUGCCCCGUGCCGGGCUCUGUGCCCCGCUCCCCAGCGUGGGGCAGGCGUCCGGCCCGCCGUGGAGCACAGAGGUGCCGGCGGUGCCGCGGCCGGAGGAGAGGCUGGCCCUGGAGGACCUGAAGGCCGAGGUCCGGUCCCUGCACAUCCUCGUGGACCUGAUGCGAGUCCAGCACCUGCGGGACCUGGAGGACAUGCGGCUGGAGAUAUGCCAGGAGCGCGCCAAGCGCCAGGCGCUGCAGGUGAGUCCCGGGCAAGGGGCUGCCCCUGUGCCAGGGUCCCCCGCUGCCCCCCAACGCUCAUGGCCUCUCCCCGCAGGCGGAGAUUGAGCGGGUGAAGAAGGUGCUGCCCUGCUAGCGCCAUGGGGGCUGUGGCUGUGGCGGCAGUGCUCACCGCUCUGUGGCCCUGGGGACACGGGGCAGGCGGGUGGCACGCGGUGCUGCUGGCGCGGUGCCGGUGCCGUGCCCAGUGCCCCCCACCCCGGCCCUGCUGCCCCCAACCCCAUCCCGGGUCUGUGCCAAUACGGGCCUGAAUGCCCACCCUGCACCCAGGCACUGCUCCCUGCGCUGUGGUGCGGCCCCAAAGCUGUGCAACGUAUAGAUCUUGUUUACAAUAAACUGGUUUGGGUACAGAGUGCUGCUGGGCUGCGGGUGCUGCAGGGGGGAGAGCCCCGGGGCUCUGCUCUGGGCUGACACGGCCCUGCAGGGUUGGGCUUGGCUGGGCUGGUCCUACUGCGGCAUGGGGGGGGUCCCAUCAUGGCACAGGGGGUCCCACCGGGGCACAGGGGGGUCCCAUCAUGGGGGGGGACGGGGACGGACACUCACCAGGGCUGGCUCACUGCAGAGCCCAGGGCAAGAGCCCGCAGAGCUCAGCCCCAGGAGCAGAUGUGCUGGCCGGCAGGGCAGGGCUGCAGGCUCCCCUAGCCAGGCCUGGGGGGGCCAAAAGUGCCCCCCCGCCACCCUCUGCACCUCAUCCCGAGCUGGGGGGUGUAGUGCUGGGGUCUGCAGCGGUGCUGGGACAGCACCACCUCCUCCUCCUCCUCCUCCAGCCCCCGCACCAUUUCCCAGCCCCGACGCAUCCUGGCCUCCAGCCACAGGCGUGGGGCUGGGAGAACAUCUGGAAAACAUCUGGAUCCUGCUGGCGCUGGCGGCGCGGGGGACCGGCCUGGGAAGGAGCUAUUUUUAUAAUGCUGCCGGGGAGGGGGCUGGGGAGGGGGCGAGGGGCCCCACACCCCACGAGGCCGGGUGGGUGCCAGGACCACAGGCAGGAUGCAGCCCAGCGCUGUGGGGAGCAGCCCCCGUCCCCAGGGAGCACCCAUCGCCCCGAGAGCCCAGCGGGGAAACAUCCGCCGGGAGGGCGCUGGGUCAGGGCCAGGCGGUGCCGGAAAGGGCCCCGGCUAAUUUUAGUGGGGC